AUGUGUGCGAUUCAGAAAAUUGGAGCAGAGAAGGUACAGUGGGCUCAACAUUUCAUCAACCAAGGAUUCGACGUCCUUGAGCAUAUCCUGAAGCAGACGGCAGAAAAAUACUGUGUUGGUGAUGAGAUAUCCAUGGCAGAUAUUUGUCUUGUGCCUCAAGUUGCUGAAAGGUUCAAGGUGGAUAUGUCUCAGUUUCCUACUAUUAGAAGGUUAAACCAGACAUUAAUUGAGAUUGACGCUUUUAAAGCCACUCAUCCGUCAUGUCAGCCUGAUACUCCUGAUGAUUUGCAGCUAUAA